ACAGAAUUAGAAAAAAAAAAAAAAAAAAACCAACACAACACCACCAGUAUAUUCACUGCAGAAACACCAAAUCCGAUACCGGAAAGUGAGCGGAUCGUGAACGGAAUCGUCUCUGGCGACUGACGCCAUCAUCGGCUUUAAUCUUCUGUGUGUACUCGAUACUUUAUUGCAUAAUCAAACGGGAUCUGAACUGAAUCUAGCACAAUCUUUGUGCCAGGAUUAAAGUUAUCGAUAUCUGAUAUAGUCAUCAAGACUAACAAAGACUAUGAUUGAACCUCUACCGUUAGUUUCGUCUCUCUCUCCUUCUGUUCUCACCUUUCUAGACAACAAACUACACACGCCUUACAAUCUUCUAGAAGCUUCUAGACUUGUUUCUGAGUUGCAGAAUGACUGUCAUCUUUUGGAUCAAAACCUCGCAGAUUUAAACAAAAAGCUCGGUUCCUGUUUGGUUGCUUACUCUACACACUCAGAUCAAGUAGGCAUCCUCUUCAACAAUAUAAACGCCAAAAUAAACAGUUUCCGAUCUUCUAUAUCAGAUGGUGACGAAGGAAAGCAAAAGGAAAGAUCAGAAACUUUCUUGGGGAAGGAGUUACCCGCACUUGCUCGCGAAGUGGCUCGGGUUGAGGCAGUUCGAGUGUAUGCUGAAACUGCAUUGAAACUUGACUCCUUGGUUGGGGAUAUCGAAGAUGCUGUUUCGUUUAGUGUAAAUAAAAACUUAAGGAAGCCAACAUCCGCCCAGAAUUCAACGGAGGGAGUGCAUUUUGCUGCUAUUAACGCUCUCAAACUAGCGGAAAAUGUUUUAACCACAGUUUCGAAAACACGCCCACAAUGGUCCCGCCUAAUCUCAGCCGUUGAUCACAGAGUAGAUCGAGCAUUAGCCAUUUUACGACCACAAACAAUCGCUGAUUACCGAUCUCUCUUGACCUCACUUAACUGGCCACCGCCUCUAUCCACUUUAAACCCUUCUAAUUCGGAACAAAAAACAUCAUCGGAAUCCACAAAUCCCCUUUUCACAAUGCACGGUGAGCUAAAAAAACAAUACUGUGACGGUUUUCUCGCACUAUGCAAACUACAAGAACUGCAAAAACAACGAAAAUCCCGACAACUUCAGGGGCAUGACGGUCAAUUUACAUUUACUCUGCAUCAGCCACUUUGGGCCAUUGAAGAGCUUGUGAACCCUAUUUCGAUUGCGUCUCAACGACAUUUCGCGAAAUGGGUUGAUAAACCCGAGCUUAUUUUUGCGUUAGUUCAUAAAAUAACCCGGGAUUACGUCGAUUCGAUGGAUGAGUUGUUGCAGCCGCUCGUUGAUGAAGCGAUGCUAUCAGGUUAUUCUUGUAGGGAAGAAUGGAUUUCGGCUAUGGUUACAUCUUUAUCGACUUAUAUGGCGGAAGAGUUAUUUCCCAUUUAUAUAAAUCAGCUAGAUGACGAAAAUCGUUCUCAAGCGAAAGUAUUUUGGUUGCAUUUCAUUGACUUAAUGAUUUCUUUCGAUAAGAAAGUCAAAACUCUCGUAGCGCAAUCGGGAAUCACGUUAUCCGUUGACGAGGAUGAUAACAUGCAAAAGAUUUCGUCUUUAUCGGUUUUCUGUGAUAGGCCCGAUUGGCUCGAUUUAUGGGCCGAAAUAGAACUCAGUGAUGCAAUUGAUAAGCUGACACCCGAAAUUGAAGAUGAAAAGAAAUGGUCAACCGAGGUCAAAGAAUCUGCGCUUGUUUUAGGUUCGGAAGCUUACAGGUCACCUGCGAUUUCGAGUGCGUUUCUUCGGCGUUUAUCAUCUAUAAUCGAACGUUGUAAAUCGAUUCCGAGUGUUCAGUUGAGAUCAAGGUUUAUUAGAUUGGCGGGUGCACCGAUUAUACAUCGGUUUUUGGAUUUCUUACUUUUGAAAUGCCAAGAAGCCGAAGGGCUGACUGCUUUGACCGACGACGAUGCUUUGAUUAAAGUGACGAUAUCCAUCAACGGUUCGCACUACUUCGAGUCGGUUUUAAAGGAAUGGUGUGAAGAGGUAUUUUUUCUAGAAAUGGGAUUAGACGGUGAGUAUAACUCCGGUGGUAUAAUCGACGAGGAAAUACGUAAACUGGAAACGUUUAGAACCGAAUGGGUCGAGAAGCUAUCGAAGGUCGUUCUCCGAGGUUUCGAUGCUGCUAGUCAUGAAUAUAUUAAAAAUAAAAAACAAUGGACGGAAAAGACGGAAGAAGGUUGGGCAGUGUCGAAAUCAUUCAUCGGGGCUCUCGAUUAUUUUCAGGCGAAAAUGUCAAUACUGGAAACGAAUUUAAACAAGAUCGAUUUUGUUGCGGUUUGGAGAAGCCUUGCGUCUGCUAUAGAUUCUUUGUUUUUCAAUGGUAUUUUUAUGAGUAAUGCUAAGUUUAAUGACGCUGGUGUAGAAAGACUCGAUAACGAUAUGAUGGUUUUGUUUGGCGUGUUUAAAUCUUGGUGUUUGAGACCCGAAGGGUUUUUCCCAAAAUUGAGCGAGGGAUUGAAGUUAUUAAAAAUGGAGGAUAAACAGAUUCGCGGCGGUCUAGAAGGUAGUGAAAGGUGGAUCGCGAUGAACAUGAUAAGGCAUCUGACGGUAACCGAGGUGGAAAGAAUCUUGAAAAGUAGGGUUUAUAGCAAUUAAGCUCUGUGAAUGCGCAGAAGAUCUCUGAUUAUAUUCACAUCAACCGCAUUGUGUUCCAUGGAAUCCAACAGUUGAGAUAAUCUUUCGCCUAGAUUGUCCCCUUUCGUUCUCAAGCUCUUUAUGUAGUUGCACGUCUCUUCAAGAAUCUUCGGCGCUGGCACCUAUUUCAUCAUAUCCACACGAAUCCGUUUCGAAUGUUGCUUAAUGACAUGUUCCAAAGAUAUACGAUAAAAAAUGAAAUUACUAAUGUACCCUUGUUUUACUGCAGCGAGAACUCGAAGCUGGUAGUAAUGCUUGUAACUUGGACACUAGAUUAUCGAUCUCAUGUUCUCUGUUCUUAGGAGUUCGUGUUCUUCUGCUAGACAUGAUUGGUUUCACCUUUGUUUUUCUCACUUGUUUUGUAACCAGUUUUAGCUUAAAAAGCCAGUGGAAUUUGUAGAUUGGAGACAUGUGUAGCUACAAAAGAACUAUAAUAUACCAGCAGAUUGCUGUUUUGUCUGCUGCUGAUAAAUAUGAUAUUGGUCUGGGCCCCAAGUGUUUCUUUCUACUGCACUUUAUGGGCCCACAAAAUUUAA